UAUCAAUCAAACACAAAAAUACGUUUUUUCGUUUUCCAUUCUUCUGUCAGGAACCAUGAAUAGCUCGACAAAUGUGUUGAUCUUUAUUUCUUUCUUCUUUUUAUCAUUCACCGGAAAUUUAAAUCUCGUUGACGCUAGUGAUACAGCCUCAGUUAUAUUGAAUUCAGGAAAUUUUGAACAAUUGGUUAUGCAAAGUAAAGAUGUUUGGUUUGUCUUGUUCGGAGCACCCUGGUGUCUAUAUGUUAAACAACUUAAACCUGAGUGGGACAAGGCUUCAAAGGCUUUGGAAGGAAAGGUCAAGUUUGGUGAACUUGACUGUGACGUGGAAAAUGAUAUACAAGCAAGGUUUGGAGUAACUGGGUUCCCAACUGUUUUUGCAUUUGGUCCAGAUAAAUGUGCACCUCCCACCGGAUUAACUGAAAGAACUGCAGACGCACUUGAAAAUGCUGGCUUGUCUUACUAUGACAAAGCACAGGGGUGUAAAAUGGAGUUUUGAGUUGAGGAUUGUAUUCGAAUAAGAUUUGUUUGACUUGUUAUCUAUAUGAAACAAUAAUGGCACCUUUAACCUUGGUGUAAAAAGCUAAUAAAGAUUAAUUUUAAUUUUAAUCCGAGUAACGAAAGCCGAAGCUCCUGCAUGUGAUCCUUAGGACCCGAAUUGUGUGGUAAACCCCUCCAGAACGAACCCGCUUGUCAUAGAAGGGGGUAUAGAUAAUAAGGAGGCGGAAAAGGAAAAAGAAGAUGAAUACCCCCGAGAUAAUAUAGUUGGUUACAGGAAGAUGUCACGUUGACAAGAAUGUUGUAUUCCUCCUUUUUAUGGACUAUAAUUAAUAUGUUUUUUUUCUUUGCAUUAUGCUUAUAUAUUUUGAUCUGCG